CACGGGGUUUUUAAUUAAGACACUUUAAUUGGUGUUUAAACAUAGAAAUACAUGUCAUCAUAUAGUUUAUUUCGACUACGUAUUUGUGUCGUGUCACGGACUUCGUUUUACUUCCACGUAUGAGACGCACCUCUACGUUUCCCUCCGGAAGUUUUGCGCUUUUCACACAUUCUGACAGGUAUUUUAGACCAUACAAUGUGAACAUUUAUACCGCUGACAGUAAUACUACGGAAAACAACAGGUUUAAAGCCUGUAUCUGAACUUCUUCAUUUUAAGACUCGCGGCCUGUAAAAAAAAAUAAUAAUAAAUAAAUAAGUGGGGGCACAUGAUGUCUAAGCUAAAACAGUGUUUAGAGUCCGGACUGCUCUUCCUUGAGUUUCUGGGAGACCGACUGUCCAACAACACUAAAGAAGAGAUUCGAAACAUCUACAACAAUGAGUUUAGGAGCAGAGAAGGAUCAAAACACCCCAACUUCGGCGGUGUCUUCUACGCUCUUAUGAACAUGUCCAACAAGAUCAGUGUGAAAAAUGGGAAAUUCAAACGAAAUUUUAAACCUCGGGCUGCAGUGUCCUCUGACCAGUCAAAUGUUGUGGGGUCCUCUCAACAACACAGGAAGAGUGACAGAGGUCAGAAAACAGCAGAGUCGCAUGAAACGUCCGCACCUCCAAAGCGCACCUCAAAGAAGGGAAAGGCCACACGAGUCAUCAAGAUGAUGAAAAAGCACAGCAAACAGAUGUCAGCUGAUAAGAAAGGAAUUGUAAUCACCUCCGACCCAGAACUGAGGGAUGGAAAGGUUCAAUUCACUGUGGAUGUCCAGAAGGAGUCGUUCGUUGUGAAGUUCCACGUUGUCAACAAAGGACCAAACUACAUCUACUUCACCAAUUACACUGUUCUUGACCGAGUUCGCUGUUUCACUUUAGAGGCUGAAAGGAAAGUGACAAAAGCCAGUUCUCUUCUUCUCUGUCCUGAUGAGCACUAUGAUUUAGCUGUUCGUUGCAACCUUAAUCAGUGCGGAUAUUUCCCUGCCACCAUCUGCUUUGAGUUUUGUCUUGACCUGCCGAAGCCAGAGACGUUUUGCAUUGUCAGGAAGAUUGAAGCUACGGUCCAAACCUCGCUGGCGGCAGAGCUGGGGCCUGUAGCUCCCUAUAGACCAUUCCAGCGGACCAAACCCAAACCUCCUGCUACGAAAGUUGUGGAGGGAAAACCACCUCAAGAAGCAAAAUGUCAGAUGACGGUCAUCGUGAAGCUCGGAGAUUAUAAGUGUCCUCAGUACCUGACAGAACUAACUAAACACAGAAUGGAGGACGUCCAGUGCCUCUCUACAGCAGCCAAACAGAACCUUGCAUCUGUGAAAAAGGUUCUGGAGUCUCCUUUGGAAAUGAAGAACUACUCCCGCAGAUUCCACCUCCUGCUGCACCUGGAGGAGAUCCAGAUGAAAGUGGACAUCAGAAAGUACAACCUCCGCAAUCAAACCAUGACCCAAGAUCAACGCAACAAAGAACUCCUCGUAUUGAAAGUCCCUGGGGUUGCCGAAAAUCGUCCCUCUGUACUGCGAGGAGAUUGCCUGAGAGUGACUCGAUCUAAAGAUAAAACCCCACCCAUCACGCUGUACACUGGAUAUGUUCACAAAGUAGAGCUGGACCAAGUGAAGCUGGGCUUCGCUCGAAAGUUGUGGAGUGAAUUUAACCCCAAAAUGAAGUUCGACGUAGAUUUUACCUUCAACAGGCUCACUGUGAAGCUGCAGCAUCGAGCCGUGGACCUUGCAGAAAAACAUCAGCUGAAGGAGGUCCUGUUUCCUUCUGGUGCUGCAGAACCCAGCAUUUCCCUCCCAGAACUCUGUAUGUUUAAUCGUCAGCUGGAGGAAAAUACGGAGCAACGUAAUGCCGUCUGUCACAUCGUAGCAGGAUCAUCAAAACCUGCUCCUUACAUUGUCUUUGGGCCUCCUGGAACUGGAAAGACCGUUACUUUGGUCGAAGCCAUAACUCAGGUCAGCAGGGAGGAUGGAUCAGCCCACAUCCUCGCCUGCGCACCGUCAAACAGCGCAGCCGAUUUGAUGUGUGAGAGACUGGCGGAGUACAUGAAUUCCGAUCAGCUUUACCGCAUGUACGCCAGCUGCCGAGACCCAAACAGUGUCCCCCAAAGCCUCCUGAAAUACUGUAACUGGGACAAGAACCAAGGUUAUUUUGUGUUUCCAGAGAAGGAUGUUCUGCAGAAAUACAAAGUUAUUGUGACUACUCUGUUCACAGCUGGCAGACUUGUGACAUUAGGGAUCCCCAUCGGCCAUUUUUCAAACGUGUUUGUUGAUGAAGCAGGUCAAGCUGAAGAGCCACAGUGUAUAAUUGCUGUUGCAGGCUUGCUUUCUGCUGAAACGGGCCACUUAGUGCUGGCAGGAGAUCCCAAGCAGCUUGGACCAAUCAUUCGAUCUACCUAUGCAUUAAAGUACCAGUUUGGACUUUCUCUGCUGGAGAGGCUGAUGAAACAUGAACUUUAUCAAGACUUUGGUUCUCGUUUCGUCACAAAGCUGCUGAGAAACUACAGGUCUCAUGGAGCCAUUUUGAAAAUUCCCAACGAGGAGUUUUAUAAAGGUGAACUGCAGGUGUUUGCUGACAAACAGGAGCGUGAGACUUACUGUAGAUGGGAAGCCCUUCCUCAGAAGGGUUUUCCGGUGAUCUUCCAUGGAGUGCUGGGGAAGGAUGAUCGAGAGGCCAACAGUCCAUCGUUUUUCAACGUGUCAGAGAUUGAAGUCCUGGUGAUGUACCUCAACAAGCUGCAUCAAACACAAGGGAAGAAAGGUACCAAGCUGCCCAAGAUCUCUGCUAAAGACAUUGGCAUUAUCGCCCCCUACAGGAAACAAGUUGAGAAAAUCAGGAAGGCUCUAAGGUCCAUCAAAACCCUCAGUCAGUGGACUGAUCUGAAAGAACUCAAGGUGGGAUCUGUGGAAGAGUUUCAGGGACAAGAGAAGAAGAUCAUCAUGGUCUCUACCGUCCGCAGUUGUCCCAACUACGUUAAGAUGGAUGAGGAGUUUAAUAUUGGAUUCCUGUCWAACGAAAAGAGRUUCAACGUGGCCAUGACAAGAGCCAAGUCUCUGCUUAUAGUUGUGGGGAAUCCUGUGAUCCUCAGAAAGGACCCCAUAUGGGAGAAGUUCAUCAGCUACUGUGUGAAGAUGAAAGGCUACGUUGGAUUUGAUCUCAGUAAUGCUGAAGAGGAGGAAGAUGACUUUGAGGCAAAAAUGGCAGCGCUGAAAAUYGUCGAUUCCGAAUGCCUUGAAGAAGAAGAAAGCCCCCUUCAGCAGUUUGUGGAGCCUGAACCAAACACUGAGCUGUAACCUUUGGACUCAGCCGUGACAGAAACCCUGUUAUAUAAAGAGUCUAAUGAUGUGCAAUAAGUAUUAGGAUUUUAGUUUUGUCUUCUCUGUUCAAAUAUUCUAUCUUAAGGUUGUUUUUUCUAAAGGAAAAUAUAUUUUCUGGAACUUGUA